GCCGUUCUAAAACUACUACUGUAAUUCAUGGACAUUUAUUUUUACAAAUAAAUUCUGGAGGAGGGUAUAUUGCAUAUAAUUUUUUGAAAAUGAUUGAUUUUCGCGAUGAUAAUGCAAAAACUGCCAAUCGAAAAAUUGAUAAUAAAUAUAUACCACUUACUUCUCAAGAGGGAUUAGCACCACUUAGUCCAUAUUUAAAUUUUGAUCCAUCAUACCUUCCUCCACGCGAGCCACAAUAUAUAUUUCCAGAAGGAGCUGUAAAACAAAGAGGACGUUUUGAAUUAGCUUUUAGUCAAAUAGGUGCUGCUUGUAUGAUAGGAGCAGGUAUUGGUGGUACCACUGGUUUAUAUAGAGGGAUUAAAGCAACAGCUCUAGCUGGACAAACCGGUAAACUCAGAAGAACACAGUUGAUUAAUCAUGUUAUGAAAAGUGGAUCAGCUCUAGCAAAUACACUCGGAGUAAUUACAGUGAUGUAUAGCGGUUUCGGUGUUCUUUUAUCUUGGGCAAGAAGUACCGAUGACUCCUGGAAUACAUUAGCAGCAGCAACCGCGACUGGCAUGUUGUUCAAAUCCACAAGUGGUUUAAGGAAAUGUGCUUUAAGUGGCUGCAUUGGACUAGGAAUAGCAUCGUUAUAUUGCUUAUGGAAUUCACAGUUAAUACAUUCACAGUUAAGAUAUGGUGUUAAUCCAGCAUAAGAUUAUUGAAAUGACGAUUCGAGUUUCUCAACCAUUAGAAAAUUCGUAAUAAAUUCUAUCUUUGUGUCCUAUAAAUAGGAAAUCUGGUCAGAACGCCUGCAUAAAAAAGAAAUUAUUAUGAAUGAGAAAUGCAUGCAAUUUAUAAAAGAACAAAUUGUAUAAUGUAUGUAUAUACAUAUAUAUAUGGUAUGUGUAUGUAUAUGUAUAUAUAUUUAUUAUUACAUCGAUUAGUAGAUAGUAAUUUAUUUUUAUUUGUGCGUUGCCUUAUACCUAUUUAUCAUGAGUACAAAGAAUCACUCACACUUAUUAUUACUGCCUAAAUAAAA